UGGGCUGGUACAGCUAGCUAGCAGGCUGUAAAAUAACGAAAUUAAGCUCCAAUAAAUCAUUUUCAAAUGUGUUAUUUAUGAAAUAUGUCCAACAACAAUCGAGUGGAUUUACAGGAUGGCAACAUGUCACAAGAUUUGAGAAAAUGACGAGAUGACUUGCCUUACAGUGGCCUGGACAUUUGUGAUAUGUUAACGUUAAUCACAAAAGACAAGUGUGUAAGAUGGACUGAGGGAAUUAGUUAGCUGCAGACUUUUGAGAUGUUACUAGCUGUACAUGUAAAUAUAUGACCAAAAAGCACUGUAAGUUAUCUACACCUACAUAUCGCUAAUCAACAUGGACAACAUGGCCCUACAAAUAAGUUGUUAAUAUUUGCAUGCUCUGUCAUCACUUUUUAAGGUCAAUUCACCUGCACAUACAUUUGAAUGACUAACCACACAUAAACAGAGCUGAUCAUGUCACUAGCAAAGCAGUCACAAACGUGGUUCCCAACUCAUGUCCAAGCCACUGUUCUCCAAGCAACUGACCUACAAGCUAAGGGUAAGCAUGGCACCAACGACGCCUACGCUAUCAUCCAGCUGGGCAAAGAGAAGUACUCGACAUCUGUGGCAGAGAAAACACUCAACCCAGCGUGGAGAGAAGAAGCCUCCUUUGAACUGCCUGGUCUGCUUCUGGAGGGCAAUCCAGAAAUCUAUGAAUUAUGCCUUAUCGUGAUGCACAGGUCCCUGGUGGGGAUGGAUAAAUUCCUGGGCCAGAGUACCAUCAAUCUCAAUGAUAUUUUUGAUAACAAGGAGCGAAGGAGAACAGACUGGUACUCCUUGGACUCCAGGCCAGGGAAGAAGAGGAAGGAGAGAGGGAAGAUCCAGGUCGGCAUUCAGUUCAUGAGGAACAACAUGACGGCCAGCAUGUUUGACCUCUCCGUAAAGGACAAGCCCCGCUCGCCCUUCACCAAACUCAAGGACAAGAUGAAGGGGCGCAGGCACGACGGUGGUCUCUCCGACACCACCUCAGCCAUCCUGCCCCGCUCCGCCAUGUGUGACUCGGAGACCCUUCGCCAACCCAGUGCAUCUGACCAUCAGCCCCAGCCAGAGCCCAAGAUCAAGAGACACCUACUGGCCGGCUCCCAUACGCUCUCUGCAGCCCGCUCUAUGUCUGACCUCAUUGGCACUCACUUCCGCCCCAAGCUGGACUCUAGAAACUCCAUGGAACAGCUGGAGAAAGGGAGUGGUGCCGCCCCUCACCGGCGCUCCCAGGGCGAGGUGCCAGGCUACCAGGACAGCGAGGGGCACGGUGAUCCUUUUACUCAUAUCAGCGACGGCCUGCCGCAGAAGUACGCCACCCUCCCACGCAACCGCAACCCGUUCGAGGGGGAGCAGGGCCAGCUGUGGGACCGAGGGGAGAAAAAGGAGAAGAAGGAGAAGGUCAGCCUGCUGGAACGUGUGACCGGGAAGAAGGAGGGACGCAAGACCAACAACGGGGGGCGUUCGGGCAGCUCUGGAGACCUGCGCUCAAGCAACCCCUUCAGCAGCGACUCUCAGGGCGACACCCAACCAACCAACCCCUUCCUCUCACACUACAAAGGAAGCGAUAAAAAUCCCACCACUAAUGGAGACAUCCGAAAGGCAAGAGAGAACCACGGAAAGAAAAAUGAGACAAUGCAGACGAGCGUGGCUUCCUAUAGCAACUUAUCUUUCGACGAGGUGGUGCAGGAGCUCAUCAAGCAGAAGGGGGUGGUGAAAAAGAAGGACGCGCAUAUCCGUGAACUGGAAGACUACAUUGAUAACCUGCUGGUGCGCGUUAUGGAGGAGACGCCGAGCAUCCUACGGACACCCUACGAGCCCAAGAGGAAAGCGGGGAAAAUCUCCAAAAAGAACUAGUGUCAAGGUAGAGUUAGGGUCCCAAGGAUAUGCUCUUGUUUCAGUGAGGGCCCAUCCUAGCCAUUAAGAAAUGUAUUGUGGGUAUAGAGCAAAAAUUAAGAGAAGGGGAUUGACCCAUGCCAAAUCACCAUUUUUAUUUAAAAACAUUUUUUUUAUAGGUUUUGCAUGCUUUGAUUUGAGUUUACACCAGGUUCCCCAACAAUUUUAUUGGGAAGUGAAGUACACCCGACUACCUAAAUAUCUGACAUUUUGACUUGCAUUUUAACAAACCCCAUGGCUUUCCCAUAGUUAUAGAAAUACUAACCUGUGAAUCAGUUGCUGUAUAGUGAUCCAUUCAUCCUUUUUAGUAUUAUACCUCUUGCUCCGUUCUUUGCAUGACAUUCCUUUGUUUUUCCUAUUCAGCUGAAUUGAAAGAAUGUGAAAUGACACCUUGGCAGAGACCAGUGGGAUAAGAAACAAACUAGUGGGGUUAUGCCAUGCGUGACAGUUUCUCCAAGGUGUACAAGUUUUCCCAAUAGUGUACACAAUAGACCUGUGCACUUUCACACACAUAUAACAUGGGGAAAAACACAGACAGCUUCUGAGGCGAUUGUGUGCACAUGGAACCACCAUCAAGCUAGAUUUGCAUUUUAACACUAAGGCCAUACAAAUGUAAUUAAAUGUUUAACAGAUGGCCCUCUUCACUUCACUUUAAAAAAAAAAACAUACAAAUAAAUAAAUAAGAUUAAGUCCUACUGAAAAAAUUGCAUGUUUCGAUCUAAAUAAUGCCCCCCCCCCCCCCCCAAAAGGCUAAAAUCACUUGAUUAGGUCGCUAGGUGUUGAACUAAGGUUGCUGUAGUAUUUUAAAGGGAUUAUCUAGUACUUUUGUAUACUUUAGCUAGUAAUUCUAAAAGUAGCACUCGCAAGCCAAAAGUGGUCCCUGAAAAUGGCCUACUGUGUCUCUCGCUCUGCUGUGGGUGCUUCAUGUGCAUCUUGCUAGCUGUCAUUCAUAUGGCGAGGUGCUAAAGUACAUUUGUUGAACUCGUGCUGCUAGGGGGCUAGCCCACGUGGGGGGAAAUGGUGUAGCACAGUAUAGAGAAAAACUAGGGAUUUCAUGGCUAAUUGAGGUAAGACGGUAAUUCUGCUUAUAGGUUAUGCAUGUAUAAACUACUCAUUGACACAUCCAUCCCAAAGUGGGAGGUUUAUAAAAAUACCGGAGCACGUCUUUAAUAAAAGGGGCUACUUAUUUUUCGUUUGUUUCGGCUUGCUCGCCUCACUUAAAAAUAAAUCUGUUAAAUGUUUAAUAUGUAUGGCCUUAGUAUUAAAAUGUACCAAACACUGAGUGUUAACUUAUCACACUUGUGUAAAAAAAAGAAAGAAGAAAAGGACAUAGUUUAUUGAAUAGGGUUUGAUGUGCUAAUUUGAAUAGAGCUCUAAUGACUGUUUACACUUCAGACCAAGACGCAGGAUUAUCACACAAACUCUCCACUCAGCCAAUCGGCCCUUUACACGCCUCUUACUGUAGGCAAGGAUUGUGUUGAUAUACUGGAGGUGUGAAUACAAUGUUAUCGCCUGUCUGUGACAUUGAUCUGAGCCUUUUGGCAUUAGGAUGGUUUGGACCUAUCUCUUGACAUUUGCCAUCUUUGUACAAAAUUAUAUUAUUUAAAGUUACUCUUAUGAGGGUAGGUACUAAGCACUACUGAAUUCUUACUCAAGGCAUUGCAUAUCCAAACACAGAUCUGAAAACAAUGUGACCUUCCAGUGAAAACAAAAAAAAUAGGUAAACACUGUAUUCUCUCUGGUCAAUUUGAUGAUAUAGAAUGUCUCGGCAUCGUGCUGGUGCAGAAUGUGAUUGAGUGUAGGCAACUAAAGACACCGCUAUUGAAGCCUCCUCAGUAUUUACACCAAAGUGAAUUCAUUCAAAGAGCUGCCAUUGUCCAUCAUAUCAACUCUGAAGUCAUUGCUUUUGGGUUUGUUAUUUCAGUUUUUUUUUAUCAUAAGCUAGGUUUCCAUCCAAUUAGCGCCAGAUUUUCAUUUGAAUAUUCAAAAAUGUGCAUAAAAACAAUACGCGUGUUUUCCCACCAGAGAUGUUUCCAUCAAAUUGACUUGUUGCGGAUAAAUGGCUCUGCGUGACGACGUAAUGCACAUAACACAUUUGGAGGUUAAAUUCCCAUGUACCGAAUAAAAGUUAAAUGGGUUUCCAUCGCAUUUUCAACUCCACUGAUAGUUUUCUCACAAAAAAAUGGUGUGUUUUUACACCGAGUGUGCCCACUCUGGUUUUGGAACAUGCACUCUAGCCAACCGAUCCAGUGUGGGUACAGCCUACAUCAGGGAUGGGCAACUUUGAUUGCGAUCAAAACAUUUGUGGCUCCCCUCUUGACAGCGGAGAUAAAUCUGUGCGAUUCUACACAUUUUGCCAUGGGGUGUAGAGAAAAUGUUGCAGUUUAAAAGCAAGUUUGCUGCAAUUCUACACAUUUUGCCAUGGGGCGGAGAGAAAUGUUUGCAGUUUUUAAUAUGAUAUGAGUGAGACUAAUUAAAUCAAUGGGGACCCCCGGCCAGUAAUUUGACCAUGAUAAAUUUGCCAAGUUAGCUGGCCGCUAAAUUAUCUAAUCAACUUUUUUGUUGUUGCUGACAUUGACUAUCAGUGACUGACAUAACAAGAGAGAAACUGAUGCACAACCAAGUUGCACAACCAAUUUGCACCUUGUAUUCUACUAGUCUAACUCGCAACAGUAAAUUGAGACCCCGACUGAGUUCCUAAAACGUUUUAUCGAAAGUUGCCCGUCCCUGGCCUACAGGAGAUUAUGGACGAAAUCAUGUCACCAGAAUGUCACCCUCGCUAUUUAUUAAAAAAGGAGCAUCAAACUCAUCACCUUGCACUUUCACCACCCUGUGAAGUUCCUCAUAACUUAUUUCAUCUGUAGACUAAUAAACUGCAUGCUUUCCCGACGAGUCAUAGUGGG